AUGCUCCGCGAUGAAUCGAGCGGGCUCGGGUCAUGGCUCAUGGCUGGAUACCACCAUCGGAGCCACCAGAUGGGCACUAAACCAGAAGAGCACCUGAAGACGAGAUGGUCUGGCCAUUCAUUCUCCGAGGCUCCGAGUGGGCUACUCACGGAUGAUCUCAAUUGUCUGAAUUAUUCGGAUCGUUUCACCAUCCUCUUACUCCUACCUACUCUUUUCUACUUUUCUGCUUUUCUGCCCCCCACUAUCUCUUCCUCUUCCGCCUCUUCCUCUUCCUCUACUUGA